AAGAACCAUUUCAACAGUUUCUCAAAACAAUUUCUUAAAUAAAACCAGAAAACCUUAAUUAGUAUUACAAAAUAUAAUAUAAAAACAAAAAUGGAGUAGUUCUCCUUUGGGGAAGAGAGGUAGAGAGGCAUUUGUUUGUUCGUGUGUUCCUUCUUUGUGGGUUUAUUGACAGCGAUGAUGAUCUUCAAGUAUCUUUGAAACUAUCUGUGGGAGAGAGGGUUUCUCAUAACUGAUUUCGUGUAGGUUUGGGACAAAUCGAUUUUUUUUUUUAAUUUAGAUUGUGAUUUCUUCCCUGCCCUUGUGGUGUAUAGUAAGAGAGUGAAAGAGGGCAGAGAAUUGUAUAUUGGUUCCUUUGCUUGAUACAAUAUAGCUUUACUGAUGGAGAAACGUGAACCCUCUUUGGUACCUGAAUGGUUGAGAAGUUCAGGGAAUGGUUCUGGUGUUGGGAAUAAAAGUCAUAUUCAGUCAUCUUCUGCUCGCUCAGGUAUGCUCCAGUUUUAUAUGCCUCUAUAUUCCUUUUAAAACCAUUGUUUGAAUAGCAUCGUAACUUCAUAUCAUUUCCGUUUUCAUUUUGAUUUAGAUAAUAACAAGAGUAGGAACCCUAGGGCAGAAACCGAUGUUGAUUCAGUUCGGUCUCCUUUAAUCGAUCGGUCUUCUUCCACCGAUGCACGGAGGAGGUUUAGUAAUGGGUCUACCAAAAAUGCAUAUAGGAAUUUCAAUGUUCAAAGGAGAGGUAAAGAUCGGAGAAUGGAGAGAGAUAGGCCGAGCUACAUAGACCCAUGGGACCGUGAUUCUCGUUUCCCUUUCGGUACCUUCUUAAAUGGAAGGAAUCAAGAGCAGUCAAGACGAUCAAAUUCAAUGACAACAAGGAAACAUGACGACUACUUAGCUCAAGGGUUUACAAAUGCAACGAGUUCCAGGGAUUUUCCUAGGCUUAAAACCGAAGAGGGGAAUGAAGGAGACCCAGACGCUGUAAAAAUCUCAUCUUCUGAUCUAAGUCUUGCUGUUCAGAGCUUGUCUGUUGGUGACUCAGGCAUUACUGCUGGGGAAGGUUGGGCAUCGGCUCCGGCGGAGGUUCCCAAUGAUAUUAAGAAAAGUGGUUCUGACUCUGAUAUUACUUCGAAUACCUUAACGGGACAGACUCGUAACAUGGCUGAAGCAUUGCUGCAGCCUCCUAGAACUGGUGCAUUUCCUCAGGGAUAUUCAAUGAUAAAAAGACUUGAGGACCAAGCUCUUAAGCUAAUACCGGUUGUGCCUUCUGCACCAAAGGGCUCAGUAAGCUUUUUUUCCGGAGCUAUUAUUAUUUUCCUCCUCUCUUUCCUUGGGCUAUACUGUAUAUAUUUUGGUUUUAUUUAUCAGGUUUCCAUGACCAAACCAAUGGUUCGAAGUGGUGCAGUUGGUCUUGCUUCUUUUAGAAAUACCCACAAGCAUUCCUCGAUGCUGCUAGGCAAUAUUCAUUCUAAUUAUGGUAAGCCUGAUAGUAAGCUGGUAAUUCUCAACCCUGCGGGCAAAGAAUCUGGAGGUCCAAGUCGUAUAACCAACAGCGUGGCAGCUGGUUUCCAGAUGAUCGCUGCUCCAUCUGCGCCAUUCAUUACUUCUGUGGCUCAAACGCAGAGCAGGAAUGCGUUUUACAGUGCUUUGAAGAAGAAGACAUCUACAAACAUCUCAACUAGCUCUUGCAUCUUCCCUUCUGUCGAGGAAAAAUCAGACAUCUCUAAGGAGCUUGUAGCUAGUAACCCUUCAAGUGUGCAUGCUGCAGAAAGAGAUGGUGGUUUUGAACCGGCAGACCUUCCAGAUGAAGAAGAGGCUGAGUUCCUUAAAUCCCUUGGGUGGGACGAAAACAAUACUGAGGUAGAAGCCCUUACAGACGAGGAGAUCAGAGCUUUCUAUGAACAGCACAAGAAGUUGAAGCCAUCACUGAUGAAAAAGCUGCCUAUCAUUAAAGAGGCAACUGAGGACGCAACUCUCAGCUCGUGAUCCGAUUUUGAAGAUAGUUUUCUCAUUUCUCUUUCCUUAUUUUGGUGGUGGGGAGCUUCAGUUGCACUAUGAGUGUUGUUCUACUUCUUCAGAAAAGCAACAAAAUUGAGUAUUUGUACAUCUUUUGGUCUGAAGAUAGAGACUGGUUUUGUUUUCAAAGCUUCCUUAGGUUUCUAAUGUUUGAUGACAAUGAUGAUGACUGGGGAAAAAGAAAACUUGUUGGCGGUAUGAAUGCAAAAUUUAAAGGUUUUCGGUUUCUGUCUUAAAAAUAAGUAUUUCGUCUUUUGCAGUUUUUUUUUUUUUGGUUUUAGUUAUUUUUUCUAUUUUAAUUGGUUUUUUAGAGCAUGAUUAUUGGAGGUUCUUAGAGCAUCAUUAUAGCUCUAAACAGAGCGUCUCUUAUGGGGGGGGGCACUGUUUAGAAAAAAGCGGUGCCUUAUGUACACCAAAUAAGAAACAUUUUCACUGUUCGCGGGCUCUACCGACACAUGGCGGCCCGAGAUUGGUGCGUUUUUUAAUUAAUUUUUUUUCAGACAAAAAGUGAAAAAAAGAAUUUUUUUUUAAGAAACCCUUUAGUGGGUUUGUGGGAUAAAGAUGGCCUUAGGGUGGGAUUCUUAGCGGAAUAUAAGAACCCGUUUCUUAAUUUUUAACUAAAAAAGCUAAGAACCGGUUCCUAAAUAAGAGUUUUAAGAGCUGGUUCUUAACUUUUUUAGUUAAAAGUUAAGAGACGGGUUCUUAUAUUCCGCUAAAAACCCCACUCUGUUAAAGACUUUUUGUCCCAAUUGAUAAGUCCUUAGAGUAUUUAAUUAUUAUUUGUAGAUUAGGAAUUUGUUAAGGACUUUUUGUUAAAAUGAUGAUUAUUGGUGGGACUUUUUCUGGGUCCUUAACUUUUAAUUUUUUUUAGACAAAAUUCCAUUUUAAAUUUAAUAACACAUAUAAGAAAAAACUAAAUUAUUACUUUAAUAGAAAAUUACAAACAUUAUAUUACAAACAUUUUACAUCCCAUUUUAUUAAUAAAAAACAAACACACAUUUUAUUAAUUUCAUACAAACAUAAAAAUUACAUAUCAUUUGGUAAAUUUGGUAAAUGUCCGUAUUUAGCCCAAAUAUCUUCGAUCAAAUCUUCUUUUAAUUGUAGAUAGCCUGCUGUAUCCCGAACAUCUGCUCGACGUCCCAAUGUAGUACGGAUAUUUGUAGUCCGUCUGACUACAAAACUGGGAUCGUCAUCUUCUCCUUGUUGAAAUUCUGAUGUGCGGAGGUAGGAAUCUCGUUCAUUCUCGACAAUCAUAUUAUGGAGUAUGAUGCAUGCUCUCAUAAUAUUUCCUAAUUUGUUUCUAUCCCAUAAAUUAGAAGGAUUUCUAACAACCGCAAAUCUAGCUUGCAGGACUCCGAAGGCACGCUCAACAUCUUUUCGCACGAAUUCUUGUCUUUUAGCAAAUAAACAAUGUUUUGGCCUUGUGGGAGUCGGAUUGAUUGAAUAAAAGUAGCCCAUUUCGGGUAAAUACCAUCGGCAAGAUAGUAAGCCAAAUUGUACUCCCUUCCGUUGACAUGGAAAUGGACUUCCGGAGCGUUUCCGUUAAUUAUUUCAUCAAAAACAGGUGAUCGAUCAAGAAUAUUAAGAUCAU